AUGAAGUCAACCUUCUUUCUUGCUCUUGUGGCGGGCCUGGCCUCUUCCAUAGCCGCAGAACGUCACAGAGAACCACGCCGGCCGCAGCCAGCUAGCCUCAGUCAGUUCACGUCUGACAUCCACCCGUCCCUAAAGCUCGACGCUGUGAACUUGAAACAGCUUCCCGAGAGUCUCGCUGACGCGGGUCUGUCGACGCGUGAAACGGACUCCAGCCCCUUAUAUGAAUGCAGAAACUCGAGCCCCGCGCCUGCAGACAGUGACUGCAACAACGUAAUCAACGAGGUCCUCGCUCUGGACCAACCUCUCAUCCUCACAGCCAACUCAUGUCUGUUGUUCCAGUACGGCACGUGCUGGGGUUUCUUCUGCUCCCUCUGCUCCCAACUUUCGACCGAUACUACUUUCGUCGGCAACCAAUUAAUUUCGGCCGAGGCCUUGUGCGUCGCUAAUGGCCAGGCCGGCACCAUCGUCGGCGUCGACGCGCCCCAGUGGCAAGCUGGCUUUGUGUACCAGAGCAAGGAGCUGCCUAACUACGACGUCUGCUAA